AUGCGCUUCUUGGAAGGACCAUUCGUUUUACUGGAUUUGCAGGCAGGAAAAAUGAAAAUAUUUACUGUUGGUAUGGAUGAGAAACCAUCGAUCAAAGAUAAUCCAGUAUCUCCCGAUGGAAUUACUCUGGCAUCAACACCCAUUAUCACACUCGAGAAGAAGCGAACUUCAUAUAAAAACUAUUUGAUGUGUUUGGGAACAAUAUUCUUUAUUCUUUUAUCUGCAAUUAUUGUCAGCAAAUUGGUAUACUAUAGAAUACCUGAUGAUUUGGGACUGCCAUGGUUUGAAUUGAAACAUCGAAUAGGAGUUGAAUGCGACGACUGUAUGAGUGCUCGUAUAAUUCAAUCAUUCUAUCCACAACGAUCUUCAAGAGUUUUUGAAAAUUCAAACAAUGCAGCACCAUCAGCAGCAUUAGCAAUGCAGGCAGGACAACCACAAACAAGUGGACAGUCAGCAUCCGCCACAUUAACAUCACAACGUUCCGAAUCGGGGUCAUUAAUUGACCAACCACAAACUACAGAUUCUCGUCUUGACUUCUUGCGCAAAAUUAUCUCAGAAAUCAAGGAGCAAGCGGAAAAAUCUGGAAUUGAAGGCUUUAUGCAGGUGAAGGUGUUGCAAGUGGAACCGAAACAGUUGUUUGACGGAUCAGAUGAAAGCCAACUCCAACCAGUAAUUAGCCCGCAGCAACCAAAUGAUUUAAUGAGAUCUUUCCGUCCAGGUCUGUUGUCUGACCUCUUGCGCUGGAAUGCGGUUGACAACCACGUAAGUCGGACGUUGGGAAAUCAGUUCUUUGGACCACCACAAGAUGAUAUGGCUAAGGGUGAACCGAUGUUUGUGCUGGGACCGUUUUUGGAACCACAACGGUUACAACUGUUACCUGCUGUCUGGGAUAACAAUAAUAAUAUGGCUUGGAGCGAUUCGUCGCAAUCUCGUCUCUUUGACUUGGCCCAGCAAAUCAGCAAACAGUCGCAGUGGAAUAACCCCUGGCAGUGGCCUAUUCCAACCUAUAACAAGAAUAACAACGAAAAAGUUAAUCAAUGGCAGAGUAUUCAAUGGUCAAACAACCGUCCGCCCAUACCUGUAAUGCAACAGAAUUUUGUCCCGACGUGGGAAAAUAAUAACCAAUGGCAGAAUAAUGUUCAGAUAGGCGGUAACUGGCAAAAUAGUAUUCAGAGUGAAGCAGACAACCAAUGGGCGCAAAAUGGAUGGCAAGGACCAGGACGACAGCAGCAGCUUUUGUCUCAAUAUCCUCAAACAUGGCAAGCAAGCAACUGGAACAUUCAGAGGGCAAACAUUAUGGAUAAUUUGGAUGAGAAAAUGACCCAGGUUGUUUUGCCAAAUGAUAACAUUAACAAUUAUAUUUACAACAAUAAUGGAAACGAUCAGUGGAUGCGAUACUACAGCCAACACAUCAACAACCAGCGGUUACGGCAGCAGCCAAUUGCAAACACUGUUGUUAGUCAGUCGCUUGAAGUGAGGGGACCUGUACUGCCACAACAGACUCAAGAUCAAAGUCCUGGACAACAGCCUCAGAUAACGGAUUCGCUACAAAGCCAAAUGGUCCUAAACCAUCAAGUUAAAUCUCUAUCGAUCUCUGCCCAACAACAGGAACAACAACCACAAGUGGUUCUACCACAGAUCAACACAGUGCCAGAAGAAGCUUUUCACCAAAGUCCAAGCAUACCAGUUGUUCGUAGUGGACCAGAUGAUAGUGUACCCCGAACACUUGCACCAUUUGUUUUUAACAGUGAUCACUGGGAAAGGACUGAAAAUCCCAAUCUUCUAGACGGACCAAUAAUUGAUAACCAAGAGCAGUUGCAUUUGUUGCAUCGCGAACGACUACAACUACCGAUACAUCCGAUUGAGAGUGACCCAAGUGGUAGCAGCAUUGACUUGAAAAUGAUUGAUGAUGACCUUAAUAAGACAUAUCAGCAGUCAAAACCUGCGAAUGAUAUCAGUCGUGGAUUAUCAAACUCAGUGCUAUUUCAAGUUGAUGAGCCACCGCCACAGUCUGUCAGUAUGAAUGAAAGUCUCGCUUAAUAAAUACACAAAUAUCAGCAAUAACUGAGGACGACGAAUGAUCCAUUGAAAUGAUAAUUACCCUCUUUAUUAUUAAUUUUUACUUCUCUGACUUUACUAAAUUAUCAUUUCAUUCGGAAUAAAUCCACUUACUCUUACUUUAUGAUCAGCACAGCUAACUCAAAUCUCC